CAAAUACAAAUAUCCCACGCUCUCUCUCUCCCUUCAUUAUCCGCCACUCGUCUUCCCCAAACUCAAACUGCACAUUCAUGGCGGCUUUCACUUCUUCAACCCAACUCCUUCACUAUUCCUCAAUCCGGACAUCGUUUCGUCUCCGAACAAGAAAAUUCUCGUCGUCUUCCCACCCUCAAACUAGGAUCAGAGCCAAACCCAGUCCUCCGAUUGCCGCUAAUCUAGAUGCGAAAGAGGAGGAUAUAGUUAUAGUGGGAGCGGGGAUUGCUGGGCUUGCAACUGCAGUUUCGCUUCAGAAGCUUGGGAUCCGAAGCCGGGUGCUGGAGCAGGCUGAGUCUCUGAGGACUGGUGGGACCUCGCUCGGCUUGUCCAAGAAUGGGUGGAAGGUGUUGGACGCCAUUGGAGUCGGUAAUAGUGUCAGACCUCACUUUCUUGAAAUUCAAGGAUGGUAUAUAUUUCAAGCAUGUUGACUAAAGACCAGUCAUAUACAUCCCCUCUAGA